GGAUCUUUUUCUGGAGAUCCCUCCCUUUUGGAGUUUUCCAUUGUGAGCCUGGAUCCUCAGCUUCACCAAAUUCUUUAAUCGCACCUACCUACUGUGCUCCUGUGUGUCAGCUCAGCCUGUAUCCUCUAUGGGGAGCACCUCACCUGCCUUCACCCCUCGAAACCUUCCAUGCUCUCUGAGCAUCAGGAGAGCAUCCCUUCACCUAGAGCCUUCACUGUAAUGGAAGAAAUGGCAGCUUGAAUACCAGCAUGAAGAUAUACCUUGCACCGUGAUCCAUGUGAGAGAAGUAACCAGAUAUUUUUUGGCUGCCAGCUUGGAAGUCCCUGCUGUCACUGAAGCAAUACUGAUAAGUCUUCUGGCAGGAAUUUUCUAUAUUGGUUUCCCUAACAAUUUUUUUUUCAACGAAAUUAUUGCUUCUUGUGUUUUGUGGAUAUUUUCCAUGCAUUCAUGACUCCAGGGAAAAUUCCUAUCCAUCAAGCCCAUUCAGUGUGCUACUGUAUUUUCCUUCUUUGUGUUUUGUUUCCCAAACAUAAACACUAAUAACAACUUCUGGGACUCAAAGGAAGGCUCCUAAGUUUUGUUUCAAAAUAGCAAGGAAAAAAAAUAAAAGCCAGAGUGCACUGACACAAAUUUGGGGUUUCUGUUUUAUCUAUGGGGGUGUUUGAAGGGGAGAAUGGUGGAUCUACAAAAGUUUGAUUCCAGCAGAUCUCUAACCUGUUUUGCUCUCUUGCUUUAAGUCUUUUUUCCCUUCUUCUUCCUUCCCCAUUCUUACUAAUACUGUUCUCUUUACAUGAGUAGCUUUUAUCAUUUUUCCUUUUCAACCAUUUAAUUGUUUUUUAAUUUCCUUUCUCCUUCUGUCGUUCCUUUUUAAUUCCGUUUUACCUUCCCAUCCUCUUCUCUUUUCCUUUUUCUCCUAGCUCUGCCCUUCUCUGUGGGAGCUGACACUUAUCCCCAAAUUAGUGCGAUAACACAGGAAAAAACCUUGUUUUCAGAAGCUCCCAUCAGUCUCAGGACAGGCAGUGCACUGGGCUAACGCCUUACUAAAUAUAACCCUUUUGUUUGGCAUAAGAUGGCUCACCCUGGUUCAGUGGAAUGGCUUUGUUUUAGGUGUAGAUAGUACAUCAGGGCUGCCUGGCAGGUGCAUCUUGCAGUCAGUGUCACCAAGCAAUAAAUUCUGUAAUUACAGGUCAUGGAGGUGGAGUUCUCCUUUGAUGUGACUUUUUUUGUUGUUGUUGCAAGCGGAUACAAUUUGCCUGAGAUAUCAAAUGCAGAUAGCAGUAAAAAUUUAAUUAACAAAUCAAAGCUUUUAUCUGGGGUUCUAAGAACUCAAGCCAACAGGUUUUUUCAAUUUAAAGACAUCACAGACAGAAGGACGAAGGCAGUGACUUUGUAGUAUAUUCAGCUUACAACCUUUUUAGUGAUGCUUGCAAAGAUAAAACUUUUUUAGCUGUUGCUUUUCAGUCUGGAGAAGCUUUUAGGUCUUCCUCAAAAGCAAGUAUGUUGUUCAUUGCCUGCCUUAUUUUCAUAAUUCUAACUUCACCGUGAGCACACAUUUCUCUCAUGGCUCUGCGGAUUACUUAUCAGGAGAAUGUGAGGAGCAGUCAGGCUCCACGUUCUUGCUGGUUAAUUCCACUUGCAGUGAACCACUUGCUCAUGAUAUCAAUUGGCCUAAACUGUGGGCAUGAUAUUUCUUCCAUGAUUCGCUUAUCUCCUUAAGAAUGAAAGCCUGGUGGAAAACUUGUCUCUUGGCUUCUUCAUAUGCAUAUGGGGAAGUUACUGUUUUCCUUUGGUGCUUUCCUAUCGUGCAGUCAUGAUUGAAAUAGCCAGGUCCAGAAACUGAGUGUCUGAGUCACAUUGCUCAUUCUGCUGGUAACUCCUGGGAGUUGGGGGAGCAGCAGUCUGCCCCUGUGUGUUGUGUGUGUGUACCUACUACUUACUGUCUAUGUACUGAACAUCAGGCAAAUGUGCAAGGAAAUCUUUUAAAAAUCCACAUACCCAGUGCCACUUUUGCUGGAAGCCACUUCUCAGAGCACCCCACGUUACAGCCAACUACGACCUCUGGGUGGAAGGAUGACAAGUGGAGGCAGCGCUCUCAAUAAAUGCAACUCUCUUGCAUUCAUGGGUCAGCUGCUCCUUGGAAUUUAUUUCUGGGGAUGUUUAGAAACCAAAAUUAUAAAAUCCUGCAGAAAAGAUUAAAAGAGAGCGCUGUAACAACAACAACAAAAAUCUCAGAAGUUCACCAUAAUGUUAUGUACUUGACUUUCCAAGACUGAUAAAUGCUUCAGAUGAAAGUACACUGUGUUGCAGGCAACACCGACUGCCUUUCUGUGGGGUCUGUGAAGGUACGUUGUCACAUUCGCCCUACCUAUGUGUUUGUUCAUCUGGGAUUAGCCCAAGCGUCUCUGCAAGUGUGCACACAAAGAUCUUAGUUCAGGAAAUAUAUACCACUAUUGAAUAGCACUUAGGAAAGCCUUAAGUACAGGAGCACUUAAUCAUGGUCUUAAGGACCUUCCUGAAAUGAAGCCAGAGAACCUGAGUCAAAGACCUUGGGAGUCAACACAACGCUGUGAACUUGUGCUUAUGUGUAUUUAGAGGUGCGGGUCCUGAAUUUAAAUGUACAACUUCUGAUUUCUGAGCUGACUGCUCAAACAGCUGAAUGGGAUGACUGAAAUAAAAUCCUCUUGAGCGUGGAUGAAGUGGGCAAAGACUCCUAGUGAACUUGUAGUACGGAGUAUUUAUAGUACAGUUACCCAUUAAUAAAGUAUAAAUUGUCAAGCAAUUGCUGUUGCAAAAGCAUCAAAAUCUCUCCAGAGCUGUAGCAGGCAUAAAAAAAAAAAGAAAGAAAAAAAGAUUGGCCAUUCUUGUGUUUAAAGUAUGCAAAUUAACUUCUUGACAUUUGUGUUACUAAUUUUAAUGCUUUGAUGGAAGAACUCUGUUACCAUAAAAGCCCCAGACAUCACCUCACAGGGCUAAGAAAAAAGGAGGAAAGAGUUCAAAGUGAAUAAUUACCUGUUGAUGAUGUAUUAUAUUUAAAGACUCUGGCUGUGGAUUAAAGCUAGUUCUCAGGUUGUUAAUAGCCUGCAGUAAACAACUAAUGAAUCAAAGAAAAGGAGGAAAAGCAGCUAUAGACGAAGGGCAUUCUCAUUAAUACCAAAGGCCAGAGUUGAAGUGUCAAAUGUAACACAAUAAAAUACAGUCAUUUCACACCAGAGUGUGUAAGAAUUCAGGAAAAUAGUCACAGGUGAAUUAUUAAGGGCUUGUCAUUUAAGCUUUGUUCUCCUAGCACUUUGAUGCCAUGCACACUACCAGGUUUUCCACCCCUCUGGUUUUUUUCUGUAGUUCAGCUGCGACUUUUAUGUGGUGUAAGAAGGAGAACAGAUUUGGAUAUCAAGAGCUGUACCUACAGCAGUGGCGACUAACCUUACUGUGGAAAGAGUAGGACUCCGGAGAGGACAAAAAAAGCUGGAAGGAGGAGGCAUGGAGCAGAAAAUGGUGUGAGUUGCCUUUUAAUGGAAGAACUGGGAAACUUGGCUCCCAAGAGCCUUGCCUGCUCUUUGGCUGAAGAAAGCCUGCACCCUAUUGCCACCUCUCAUGUGUGCCAGCUCCAGAAGAGGAUGAGAUAUGAAGAUCCGUCUGAGUUUGCUGCUGUAAUAGUUAUUUUGGAGGCUCCGAUCACUGUAACCCUGCUGCUCAGGCUCUUGAACUUCAUCCUACAGCCUGCCGGUCACCGUGCUGACAGGUGUUUUGAGCCCAAAUAGGGGUACUGCAAUGAAUUUCAGAUGUAAGUACAGGGUGGGAGGCAUCAGAUGAAGCUAAUGCUGGGCUCCAAACAGAACAUCAUCCCAGACAGCUGACCUGCGGAUCUUCUUGCCAAAGGAUGCUGUGGGUGCUAAAGUUUUAUGUGGGUUCAAAGACAGACAGAAGAACUGAAUUAAAUCCCCUGAGUGUACAUGGAAACCACAACUGCCUAGGGCUAGAUGAAUACUUUCCUUAUAACUGCAGCUAAUUGUACUUUGAGCAGAGCUCAGACAUGAGUGCUUUUCAUCUGAGGAACGAGCAACAACACUAUCUUCAGGUUUCUCCUGCCUUCCCUUCCUGUCGUUACUACUUUGGAGCAGCUGGGUGAGAGCCCUUUCCCAUUUGCAAGUCCACGAUGCUGUAGCAAUUCUCCUCCCUAGCACUACAACCUUUUGAGAAGAGGAGGAAGAGUGGGGUCAGGGUGCUGUUCCUCAAGGUUCUGAAACACUGAACAUCACAGGAGUCAAGCAGAUUUACUGGCAAUUUUGAUCAUGGAUAAAAGCGAACUUCAAAUACAUCCAAAGCAAACCUGUACAGAAGCCUUAAACAGAUCUGUUGAAGAGAUUCCAGCCCAGUACGUUUUGUUAACCACCACGUAACUGACUGUAUUUCAGCUCUGCACGUUUUGAUUUGUGACUGCUCAAAAAAGUCAAGAGCGCAUACAUCUGAAAUGCCUGGCUGAAGUAUUUUGUAAAAGUGAUUGAUCAAGAGCAGGUCAGAUGGGUUUUUUUUUUUUCUGUCCUGCUUGAACAUGUUCAAAAUCGGAGUAAUUCUCAGCAUCUGGUAAAAUUUAUUAAUGUUUUUUGUCUUGGUUUCUUAAGUCUAUGUAGAGAAACAUAAUAAUCUGUGACAUAUUUUAUGAAUCCAAGGACAUUUUAUUCAGUCACCUGUCUAGACACGCACAAAUAAGUUGCUAGAUAUUUCAGCACAUGCAUAAAAGACUGACAAAGCAGCAUACUGAAAAAGUCCUUUUAUUAGUAGCUGUCUGCUUGAAGAGCAUUGAUAAAGUAUGAAACUGAGAUGUUAAGUUAGGAAAGGGAAAACUCUCAUGCAAAGUAAGUAAUGCAGAGCCUUGCCCUUCAGUAGCUGAGGCAAGGUUUUGGAAUGAUGGUUGUGCUGAGAACGCUUGCAAUAAGAAAUAUCAUCAUAUUUUGGCUUUUCUUCAGCAGUUAACUGUGACAGUAAAAGACAGAAAUAUCAUCUUUAGAUUGUUUACCAAUUUCACUCUUUUAAUAAGCAUUCAGCCAGUUUACAAAGAGUUUUGCUGUUGUAGAUCACGCCUUUACAAGCUUCUUGUGUAUAGAAGGUCUCUCCAGUGUAGGGGUUUAGUGGUCUCAAGAAGAAACCAAUUAAAAGCAGCUGCUUUAAAAUGAACACUGUCACUUUAAAUCUGAAAGCUUUCAUAUGUCUUUGAUUCUGUGACCAUUAAUUGUUUUCCCUUGAAAUCUGUUAUAAUUUAUGGGAAAUCAUUAGUCUGUUGAAGAAUGACACGAAAACAUGAUUUUGUAAUUCUUCUGAGCACUGUUAAAAUGAUUUCCCACAAUUGUUAUUUCCUUUAGGACUACGAAGUGUCCUUAUUAUCAUUGUGUCCCAUAGCCAUAACGGCUGUAUAUAAUAACUCGGCUGCUUGGCUAUCAGUACCUUUUAUGGGAAUUUUAUGUUGUUGUUCAGCUGUAAGUCUCAUCUUUCACAUGGCUGAUACGUCUCAAUAAUGUUUUUGAUGUGCAUCUAUUUCUGUCUAUACGUAUUUAUAUACACACACCUGCUAGAAUGAUUUUUACUUUCAUUAUUACCGAUUAUAUGGUAAAAACUAAUUACUUUCACUGUUUCCUUAGGUUCAGACAUUCAGAAGUGGCUGAUAUUUGCUUCUGUUUGGCAGGAGGUUCUGAGUCAAUUUAUGUUUCUCCCUCACAUCCCCCUACCUGCUUGCAUGAUAUCUGAGCAAACAAACUGUGUGAUUGGCGUAGAACAAAGAAGAGCUCACCCAGGCUCUCUCUCCCUAAGAGAAAUGAAUCUCCAAAUAUCAUUUAAUUGAAGUCUUGUUCUCCAUUGCCUUUUCUGAGAAAGCUGGAGUGAUCCAUAUGAGAGGUACAAGUGGGGUUGGUGCUGUGAGGCCUGCAAGGUCCUGGCGUGAUGCUAAUGUUAUUUUUGGGCCAUCGUUAUUGAUAUUGGCUAGCAUUACUCAGAGCCCUUUAAUAAAAGGAAGAUAUGAUAAAGACAUCUUUACGAUACGCCCAUAAGUGAUAAGCAUGAGGAAUAUGGAAAAAGAUUAAAGACAGAAUAUCUUGGCCUCAGAGAAAAGGGGCUUUGUCCUGUUAAAGAUAAAGUUGACUAGAUGUGUGCGUUUAGGCACGGCAGCCCUCAUUUUCUCAUCAGGCCCAUUGCUGAUAGGCUUUUAAAAUCUAAGCCUUACUUUUGACUAUUUUCUUUGAGGUCCCAUAACGCUUGUUGCGCUGCUGUAUGACCAAGUUGUGCACUUAAGCCCAUGCCCUUUUUCCGCAAGUAAAUAAAACAAGCUGGCAUUUAAACAUAUGCUUCAGUUCCUCACUGAAUUAGGCUACUGAAUGACACAUUUUUUUCCCUUAGUGACCUGUUCCUGUGUGUGGAUCACCUCUCAGUUUUAUCAAGGGUGGUCAAGGAUAAACUCCAUCCCCAGCGGAAGAAAGGAAGUGUGGUCAUUCUAAGCUUCUUCCCCUCUCCUCUUCUCCAGCACAGAUGUGGUUCGUAUCAGGCUGCAAACAGUCCAGUUUCGCCCUCCCCUGGAGGACCCUCCUGGCUUACCUCGUGGCUCUCAACCUCCUCUGUCCAGGAUCAGCCAAGCUCAGGGUGGUGGCAUUGAACUUCCCUGUCACUGCCACUGUGGGACAGGAUGUCGUGCUGCACUGCCACUUGUCCCCUUGCAAGGAUGCUCGGAGCUUGGACAUCAGAUGGAUCCAGCACCGGUCCUCUGGUCUUGUGCACCACUACCAAAAUGGAGAGGACCUGGAACAGAUGGAGGAAUAUAAAGGGAGGACAGAACUGCUCAGGGACGGUCUCUCUGAUGGAAAUCUGUAUUUGCACAUUACUGCAGUGAGCUCCUCCGAUAGCGGCUCAUAUAUGUGCACUGUGCAAGAUGAUGGCGGCUAUGUAGAAGCUAUGGUGAACCUGCAGGUAUCAGAUCCCUUUUCCCAUAUUGUCCAUCCCUGGAAGGUGGCUCUGGCUGUGGUCCUCACACUUUUGUUUGCGUCAUUCGUCAUCAUUGUUUUUCUCCAUAGAAAGCAAGCGGCACAGACCAAAAAUCUGAAGAUAAAAGAUGCAGUGUUGGAGGAACUACCUGUGAUAUUGGUGAAAAAAAUUGAAGAAUUUGAGAAAGAGAAUUCACAAUUGAAGAAACAAGUUGCAGAACUGGUGGAACAAAUUGAAGAAUUUGAGAAAGAGAAUUCACAAUUGAAGAAACAAGUUGCAGAACUGGUGGAACAAAUUGAAGAAUUUGGUGAGUCUUCUUCCCUGAACCAAAGGAAUAUGGGCCUUACCAGGGAAUGUGUUGAUUUUUCCUUUUUUUUUUUUUUUUCUUUCUUUGCAGAGAAAGAGAAUUCACAAUUGAAGGAACAUUAUAUGAAGAUGGUUUUAAGUGCUGCAGAUCUGAAGAAACAAGUUGCAGAACUGGAAUUGGGUGAGUCUUCCCCAAACCAAAGGAAUAUGGGAUUUCCCACGGGAUGACAAGCUGUCCCUCCUCAGCUUCCGUUGCUUUUCUCUUUCUUUUCCUGGAAAACAAUUUGAAGAAUCAGAUUGAGAAAUGAAUUGUGCCUCGCAGUAACCACAGGUUUCAAGCUUACUAGACUACUGAUUGCAUAGGACAUCAAAACCCUGAUAACUUGAAGCAGGCAAUGAAAACCACAAGGGGAACAAGACGAGCUAGUGUUUACAUUGAGUGAGAACACCUGCAUUUUUGUGACCAAAAAUUGCAUGAAGGGCUACCGAACAGAGGAUGCAUGAACUCCAACUCAUAUUCAGCUGGAAUAAAGAAACCACAUAAGGAAGAAAAUGGGUUGAAGAUGGAGUUCCUGGAAGAGACAGAAAUUUUGGGAAAUAGUAUGAUCAUCUAUCAAGCUUCAUAGAAAUCUAAUGAAUAUGUAAUGCUUUUGGAAACACAAGCAUGCAUAUCGAAGCAAAGACAGAAAACUGCUUUGGGUGUUAAUCCCAUUGUCUCUCAUAAUAUAAUAAAGAAUUUCUAAAGAAUCGA